AUGCGCGCCAGCACCGUCGACCACCUCGCCCACCAUGACGCCGCCGCUGCCCGGGAUCUCCGCCCCGGCACACCACCACCAACCAGCAGCCGCUGCAACCUGCAGCACCUCCACGGCCAGAGGCCCCUCGCUGGCCAGCACCUCCACCACCACGACGCCCAGACCUCCCGCGCCCUCGCUGGCCCGCAAGGCCCAGAUCCGGCCCAGCCGAGCCCGACCACGCCGGCGCCGCCGCGCCCCGCCACACCCGCACAGCCACCGCGAGCAGGCCGAGCAGCGAGCGCCGCCGCGCCCGCCACGCCGCCGCGCCCGUCGCACACCGCAUCCCGCCGCCGCGGUUCCCCCAAUCCGCGAGCUAGUCUCCGCCGGCCGGAGAGAGAACAGUAUUAUUUUAAAAACAAAUCGCGCCGGAAGGCGGCGACCUCGGCCUCGGCCUCAGGGCCGGCGACGACGACCUCGCUGAAGGUGGGCGACGCGCUGCGGUCGGGCCGGCGGCGGUUCACGGAGGCCGACGUGGCGGCGUACGCGGCGGUGAGCGGCGACCGUAACCCGGUGCACCUGGACGACGCCUUCGCCCGCGGGGCCGGCGGGUUCGCGCGCGGCCGCGUUGUCCACGGCAUGCUCGCCGCCUCCCUCUUCCCUGCCCUCAUCGCCUCUCGCUUCCCCGGAGCGGUGUACGCGAGCCAGUCGCUCAGGUUCGCCGCGCCGGUUUACGUCGGCGACGAGGCGGCCGCGGAGGUGCGGGCGCUCAACAUCAAAUCCGCCGGCGGGAGGCACAUCGUCAAGUUCACCACCAAGUGCUUCGCCAACGGCCAUGAAGAUGGCAAGGACACUCUCGCCAUUGAUGGCGAGGCCAUGGUGUUCCUGCCCACGCUGCAGCUCGGCUCGGAGGCCAUUGCUGAGUAACAAGUACGUUGAGUUGAUGCAAAUGCUGUCAUGAUCUUAGCUUGUUUUGGUGGAUCAAUCUGCUGUAAACGCUUCUUCUUGCUUUGUUAGAGCUCUGGAAUAUCCGUCUGUUUUUUCCUUGCUUAGAGAGUUCAUGCACUAUUGUACUGUGAGAUGGUUAUUACCUAAAGUGAGUGAUCCAUGACAAUUCCUUUUUAUAUUAUCAAAUUAAGAUCUUCAA